AUGGCUGCCCUUUCCUCUGCCCUGCUGUGCCUUGGUGCCCUGGGCUGCCUGUGGGGCCCAACGGUUGCAUUUGUGGAUUUCCAGGGCCGUUACUUCAUCACGGCUUUCUUGGAGAAUGGGGGCGCUGAGAAGCCCAACUUCCGCCUGUACGUGUCGCCACCGCCCAAGGGGCCCCCGACGGCGGUGCAAGUGAGGGCGCACCCGGUGGGGGGACCGCCCCUUCGGCGCGCGCUGAGCCUGCAGCCAGGCACCACUGCCUUGGUGCGCCUGCCCAGCGCUGUGGAGCUGCGGGGCUCGCGGCGGGCGGCGGGGGGCGCGGUGCGCUUAGCCGCGUCGCGACCGGUGGGAGUGACCGUGGUGAACGCGCGUGGGCGCACCUCCCUAGACACGGCACUAGCGCUUCCGCGCCGCCUGCUGGGUACGCGCUACGUGGUGGUGACGCCGUCGCUGCAGCCCCAAGACCGGCACAAGGAGUUUGCGGUGGUGGCCGGCGCUUGGCCCACGCGCCUGCGCCUCACGCCUCCGGUGCCCAUCCUGCUGGAUGGCGUCGAGCAUGCUGCCGGCCGGCCCCUCCUCGUGCGCCUUGAGCCCUUCCAGGCGCUGCAGGUGCAGAGCGCAGGCGACCUGUCGGGCACCCGCGUCGUGGCCACUCAUCCCGUCGCGCUGCUGGCUGGCCACAGUUGCCUGCAAGCGAGAAAUAAGGCCUGUGGCCACGUGUCCGAGCAACUCCUGCCGCAGGAUUACUGGGGCCGCGUCUACGCCGUACCCCCGUUCGCGCCCGCGGCUCCCGGACCCAAAGACCACGUGUACGUGGUGGCGGACAGCCUGGGCAGUCUGAGCUUCUGGGGGGGCGGCGCCGAAGGGGCGCAGGCUCUGCGCGGUGGAGUCGUGCUGCACUUCGCCGUGGACCCAGUGCGCCCCCUGGUGCUGCGCUCCUCUGCCCGCCUGCAGGUGCUUUUCCUGGCCGCAGCUGCGGCCCGCGGGGGCGUCGCCUACAAUCCCUUCUUCGCUCUCUUGCCUCCGGUGGACGCGUUCAGCCGCAGCUUUGCGCUCACAGCGCAGCCGGGCUUUUCCAACGUGGCGGUGCUGCUGGCGCGCGAGCCCACCCCGGUGCUCCUUGAUCAGCAGCCGCUGCCCAACCUGCACUGGCGCCUAAUCCCCGGCGGCCCAGAACCGGGUCACGGGCAGCAUUCUGGUGAAAGCCACGCCACCGCUCCGGGUUUCGUCUGGACCGAGGUGGCGUAUGGACCUGAGCCCGGAGUGGUGCACUUCCUGGAGACUCGCGGGCCGCCCGUGGGCGUGCUCAGCUUCGGCACCGCCCCUGGCGCGGGCUUCGGGACCCAGGCCAUGGGGCAGCCAAGCGUGGAUAUUCUGACUGAGGAAGAUCUGAACCCUCCUACAGAAUUCUAUCCCCUCCUAGAAUCUUCCCUGGUGAUGCCACUCCAGUUCCCAGGAUCCUGUAAGGACCAUGUAUGCUCCAUUGGGACCACAUGUCACCUUGUGAAGCACAAACCUGAGUGUGUGGCCAGCACCCAGGCCACCGAGAUCAUGUUCAGUCCCAAGACAAUAUCUCUGACGGACUCUAAUACAGUGUCCUUCUCCAGCUCUAAAACCACGGCAGUGGCCAAACCGGGAUCAGAGAGCACACCUGAAGCAGAACCAGGGCUUGUAUCUGUGGCCAUGAAUGAACUUGAGCCUCAAUCGUUAGCUUUGGUUAAACCAGAACUUGAACCUUUGGCUCUAAAAGAACCAAUUCCUGAGACCCUGGUUGUGGCUGAACCAGCAGCUGCACCUUUCCCCCUGCCAGUGCCCACGGCUGAACGAGAGUCCAAACCCAAGACAGUGUCUAAGGCUGGGUCAGAAACCAUCUCAGCGGCCAAGCUGGGGCUCAAGGUGGUGGCAGUGACUGAACCAGGCUUGGAGGCUGUGACUAUGGCAAAGCAAGAACUUGGAACUGUGGCUGGGUCCAAAAUGGUGUCUGAGGCCAAGUCGGAGACAGUGGGCGUCUCUCGUAAGGGGCAGGGGGGCAUCACAGGGGGUACCUGCUGGGCAUCCGGGCUACCAUACAUCUACACUUUCGAUGGCUACUCUUUCCCUGUGUCUGGAGGCUGUACCUACAUGCUGAGCCAUUGCCCUCAGGCCCUCCCCAGUGGCCUCCCUGCCUUCCAGCUGUGGAUCGCCAGCUCUGGAGAGAGGCAGCCCAUGCACUUUGUCAUGAUGCGCAUCUUUGGUGUCACCAUCACUGCUGUCAAGCAUGAGUUCGGCUUUGUCCAGGUGAACCAGCAGUGGCUCCGGCUGCCGGCGACGCUGCACGACGGGAGGCUGAGGUUGCAUUUCCGCAGCUCAGAACUCUGGGCAGAGGCAGGUCUGGAGCAUGAGCCGCCCGCGCUGCGCCUGGUGUACGACUGGCAGCACGCGCUGUCUCUGCAAGUGACCAACGGCUACCGUGCGCACGUGGUGGGCCUGUGCGGCAACUUCAACCGCGACCCGACAGACGAUGUGGGCGGUCCGGACCCGCGCGCUUUCUUGCGCACUUGGGCUCUGCAGCCGCCGGACGCCCCGUGCCACGCCCUCUGGGCUGCUCCCUGCGCCAAGCCAGCGUCCCCACCGGAGACCCCGGGGCCCUGCGCCAUCCUGGCAGCUCCGAAGGGGCCCUUUAGCCCCUGCCACGACGUGCUGCUGCCUGCGCCCUUCGAGACCAGCUGCAGUGCUUGGAUCUGCCCCUUUCCCAACUACCGACCUGCGCUUUGCUUGACCCUCCAGGCCUACGCGCACGCGUGUCAGCGCCUGGGUGUCAGCAUCGACUCCUGGAGAUUCCAGACUGGCUGCCCCAUGCGGUGCCCCCCCAACAGCCACUACAGUCUGUGUGCGAACCCCUGCCCUGCGGCCUGUCCGGGUGUUCAGGAAGUGGUGCGGCUCCCCACUCCCUGCGCUGAGGGCUGUGAGUGUGACGAUGGAUUCUUCCCAGCCGGGCGUGACUGCGUCCCCGCGGACCACUGUCCUUGCUUCCACAAUGGCCAGUACUUUCCUCCUGGCCAGACUGUCCUCAUCCAGAACUGCUCCUCCUCCUGUACCUGCCAACUAGGGGAGGGCGUGGCCUGCGUGCCCUUCAGCUGCCCUAUGGAGGAGGUCUGUGGCAUCACAGAUGGAGUCCUAGGCUGUCGAUUGCAAGCCACCUUGGCCCCUGCCCCGAGCUCUGUGGCCCCACCACUGGUUUCCUCACCUUUCCCACCCCUGCUCCCCAGCCCCAGUCCCCAGUGCCCAGAAAACUCCCAUUUUGUUCCAUGUGGCUCCACGUGCCCAGCCACGUGUGCCAACCCCGCUGCCCCAGAUCACUGUAGCCACCCCUGUGCUCCGGCCUGCCAGUGCCUACCUGGCUACCUGCUGCUAGGGGGCCGAUGUGUGCCCCGUGACCACUGCUCCUGCUUCCUGCACCAAGGCCGGACUUUCUGGAGAGACAACUGUACUCAGCAAUGCCACUGCCCGACCCUUGGUGCCCCGGUGAGCAAGCUUCCCCAGUGUUGGCCUGACAAGUGCCAUGGUCACUGCAAGGCCUCCACAGGUGGCUGGUACCACUGCCUGUUAGCCCAGUCCCCACCCAGUCCCACUGUCCUGGAGAAGUCACUGGUCUGCAUGGCCACUGGAGACUUCCACUUCCACACAUUUGGAGGAACCUACUAUGAAUUCCCUGGCUCCUGUGUCUACCGCCUGGCGGGUCUCUGUGGCUCAGCCCCUGCCAACCUUCAGCACUUCAGCCUGGAUUUGACCCCACUGCUGUGGCCACGUGGCUGGACCAAGGCCCUGACCCUCUUAGCCUGUGGCCUGAGGCUGGACAUGAGUCCAAAAGAUCUCAACCGCAUCCGGGUGGAUGGAAUUCUGGAAUCGCUGCCUUUCUUUCACGGCCACUGCCUCCGUGCCUACUACCAAGGCCGCCAACUCUGCGUAGACACGGACUUCGGCCUCUCCCUGACCUACGAUUGGGACAGCCUGGCACGUGUAACGCUGCCGGGGCCCUAUGGACCCUACCUGUGCGGACUCUGUGGCCAGCACGGCCCGAGCAGCUCCACCGUGCCGGUGCCCGACACCUGGAAGGUGGCAGAAGUGCCGGGCUGUGGCCCAUUCUGCGGGUCCCUCUGUCCCAGCCCGUGCCCAGUGACCAAGCGCCCUCAAUUCGCUGGAGACGCGUACUGCGGGCUGCUGGCGGCGGCCGAGGGUCCCUUCGGGCCAUGCCACGCCGCGCUGGACCCGCUCCCUUUCAUGGACAACUGCCUGGACGACGUGUGUCGCCACUACGGCGCUCGUCACAUCGUCUGCCGAGCCCUGGCCGCCUUCACUGUCGCCUGUCAGGCUCUGGGCGUGCACCUGCGGCCCUGGAGGACGCCUGACUUCUGUCCCUGGCGGUGUCCGCCGCACUCGCACUACGAGCUGUGCGGCCCGUGCUGCCCAGCCACGUGCGCGGGCGGAGAGAGCUGCUCCGGCCGCGGCGCUAGCGGCAGCCGCUGCUGUGAGGGCUGCGUGUGCGACGCGGGCUUCGUGCUUAGCGGCGCCGCCUGCGUGCCGGAGGCCAAGUGCGGCUGCUUCCGCGCCGGCAGCUACCGAGCUCUGGGCGAGCGCCGGUGUCUGCCCGAAGGCCGAGGCAGCUGCGCCCUCGCCGGGCCCGCGCACGUGCUCGCCUUCGAUGGCCGCGUGCUCACGCUGCCCCCGCCGGCGCCCUCCCCUUCUGAGCGCUGCCUGCACGUGCUGGCCCGCACUGCAAGCCAGGGGCCCUGUGCCUUCAGCCUAGACGUGGCCCGCGACGGGGCCGGGCUGCUCAGCCUGCACCUCAACCUCUCCGAGCACCACCUGCAGCUAGACCGCACCCUUGUCGGCGUCAUCACGGUGGAUGGUGAGCACUGCCGGCUGCCCUGGGUAUUGGCAGAGGGCAGGGCCUGGGCCACGUUGGAGGGCCGCCAUGUGGUGGUAUACACGGCCUGUGGGCUACAUCUCAUGUAUGACUGGGGCAGCCAGGUGCGCCUAACUGUGCCUUCCACCUUCCAUGGCCAGCUGGUGGGGAUCUGUGGGGCCUUUGGUGGCAAAGUUGGCCCCCUUGACCUGCCUCUAGACAAAAGAUCCUGGCCCAAAGGCCUGGUCACUAACCCCUGCCUGCUGCCCCAGCCCAAUCUUGACUUUAGCAUCAGCUGCCCCACGCAACUUGCCCAGAUCAUCAAUGCUUCUGAACUGUGUAGACUUCUACAGGCACCAGAUGGUCCCUUUGGCCGCUGCCUGGGCCAUAUCAGCCCCAAGCCUUUCCUCAGGAUAUGCCUGCAAGACAUAUGUCAUACCCAUGGCCAGCAUCUUGGUCUCUGUGAUGCCCUCACCGCCUUUACUGCAGCCUGUCAGGAAGCUGGCAUCCCUGUGAAGCUCUGGAGGGGCCCCAGGCUUUGCCCCAUGGCUUGUCCACCCCGAAGCCGCUACAGCAUCUGCGCACGGACCUGUGAUGGGGGCUGUGUCCAGCCUACCAGCCCUGCACACUGUUCUACCCAAUGCUAUGAGGGCUGCCAGUGUGACCCUGGACUCAUUUUUGAUGGCACAGACUGUGUGUCUCAGGACCACUGCGGCUGCUUUCACAGUGGACGCUACAUCCCUGUUGGGGAGGCACUGGUCCUACCUGGCUGCCAGGAACGCUGUAUGUGCUUGCAUGGUCAAGGCCUCCAGUGCCAGCCCUUUUCCUGCCCACAGGGCACAGGCUGCAUCCUGGAUGGGGGUGUGCGGUGCUGUGAGGCUGGGGAGGGUGCUACAUGCCGCCUAGAGCCAGGGGGCCUCUUCAUCACCUUUGAUGGCUUCAGUGGGCUCACACCCAUGCCUGUUACGUCCUGUGCCUAUGAGCUAGCCACAUUGGUGGGUUCCAGGCCUGAGGAUCCUGACUGGUUUCAUGUCAUUGUUGACUUCCUGCCCUGUCCUGGCUGCACUGCUCACAAACCACGAGUGAUCAUCGGCUUCAGGGAUGGCUGUGCAGCUGUGGGAACCAAUCAGGAAAUAUGGGUGAACGGACAACCCGCGCGGCUCCCCGCCCAAGUGUGCAGGGGCGUGGUCGCACGCUGGGCGGAGGGCUCCCGGGUUGUCAUCGAGCGGUCCCCCACGCUGCGGGUGCUGGUGGGGCCCGAGGGGGCCGUGGCCUUACGGGCCUCCCCCGCGCUCCGAGGACGCCUCCGAGCAGCCUGCGGAGACUAUAAUGGAAUUGCAGCCGACGACCUGAUACUCCCAGGAGGACUCCAGGGUGCCAGCCUAACCGACGUGUUCCAGGCGUGCCGAGCUCGGGGCUUCAGCAACUGCACGGAGAAGCUUGUCAUGCCAGCCGUGACACAACACUUCACCGCCUGACGCCGUCCCUCUGUGUGUCUCCAUGGCUGGGACCUCCCGACGCACACCUGCCCUGGGGAUGGGAACCCACGGACCUCCCCGAGAUUGUUUUAAUAAAUAACUUCUGACCAAA